AUGACUAGUGCCGGCUUCGAUGGAGCUACCGCCUUCGUUGAGUCCUUACUCUAUAAAAUGACCAUCGGCCAAGUCUAUGGACAACAAACUCGCGUCGGAUUCAUCACCUAUGCGGCUAAUGCUACCACACGAUACGAUCUAAAUGCUUUCCGAUCAACUGACGAUAUGAUUAACAAUGCUUAUCUUCCAUACGACGGUAAUCGUGGAACAAAUAUCGAAGCAGCUAUACAACUAGCUUCAAAAAGCUUCGAUUCAUCGGCACAUCGAGAUAACGCCCAGAAAGUUAUCGUCAUCGUUGCAUCUACUUAUGAGAAAGGAUCCUACAACGAUCCAACCGUCGCUGCCGACACAUUUAAGGAGGAUGGUGGUUACAUUAUAACCGUAGAAUAUGUACAAGAACAUGGUCAAAAUAUCCCAUUAUUGGCUAACUUAGCAAGUGGACCACAAUUCCAAUUCACCAAUAUUUACGGGAACCUGACAGGCGAAGAAGUCCGACAAGCUUUCUGUGAAGCUAAUUGCUUCUGCCCAACCAACUACAACCCAUUCAAUCAGGCAUACACUGUUCCAGCGGGUGGUUGUUACAGACCGGUCCCAAUUUCUGCCAUUCAGACAUUAGCAGCGAAGAAUUGCCGUCAACAUCAUAAUGCGAAUCUCGCCAAGGUUGAAAGCAGGGAUAAAUCGUUGUUCUUGAGCACAUUGUUUCCUUCAAAAACAAAAUUCUGGAUUGGUUUGAAGUACUAUUAUAAUGGGCAAUAUCAGUGGGCUGAUGGAACUAUGCUUUAUAGCAGUGAUUAUCAAAUGUGGGCACCUGGUUACCCGAACUUGUCUGCUGGUCAGUGCGUCUAUAUGUACCAGUAUUCUGGAUUCAGCUCUGGCUGGUUCAACGACGAUUGCGGUGACGAUCAGAACUACGUUUGCCAAAGCGUACCAUGUAGCGCCAACAACUAUUGUUCCACUAGAGACUAA